AUGAAAGCUCUGAAGCUUGUGGUCGCAAAGACGGCCGGGUUGGAAGGACAACCCGGUAGAAUUGAAGUCAAGAAGCUUGCCGAAGGAGCCUCAAACAAAGUGAUGACUGCUACAGUUGGUCGGCGGCGAUUUAUCGUCAAGGUUCCUGAUCCUGUCGUUCCACGACGCUUGAUCACGGCAAGUGAGGUAGCAACCCUGGACUUUUUAAGAGCUGAGUUGAACUUGCCGGUACCAAAAGUGUUGGCUUGGAGCGACAACAAUGACAACACAGUUGGAUGUGAAUACAUGAUUCUAGAAGAAGCUGUGGGAGCAGAUCUCAAAAGCACAUGGCCCCGCCUAAGCGUCAAGCAGAGAAUUGGCGUUGUGGAUCAAAUUAUUACGAUUCAAGAGCGUCUUCUUGAAGCCAGCAAACGCUUUCAGGGUUACGGCAGUCUCUACUUCACCGAGGACGCUGCGAAAUUCAAAUUUCGCCGGCAGAUUGAAGUCUCAGCAGCAAACUCUUCGAGAUUCAUUAUAGGCCCGUUGGCGCACGGACAUUUCAUGGAAUCAGUCCUGUGGGAAUCGGACUUCGACUCCGGUCCUUGGUAUACUCCAAACGACUAUCUCGAUUCUCUCGCACGUUCAUCUCUGUUACAAAUUAAUAGUCGCGCCCACGAAGAGACAGAUGUUAUCCCCAGCCGACCAUUGUCUUUUCCAAUUAAGCCGGUUAGCGACCUGUCAAACGCAGCCGUACGCCAAAUGCUGGAACUGGUUCGCACAAUCACGCCACACAUCGUUCCUCGGUCCCCUGAUCGCUGUCUGCCGCUGCUAUGGCACCGAGACCUUCAUGAUGGGAAUAUUUUUGUUUCCGAUGAAGGAAAAGUGACUAGUAUCAUUGAUUGGCAAGACGCGAAUGUCUUGCCUUUGUUUCUCGCAAUACGAAAACCGCAGUUUUUGGAUUUGGCCGAUGAUGCUCAGUUAUUUGAGUUACCCAAGGGCCUAAAGGAAAUGUCUCUUUCUGUGAGAUCCGAGACUUGGGAAAGGUUCAAUAAGACAAUGCUCCAGGGCUACUAUCUAUCGCAUUUUAGGGAAAACAUACCUCCUGUCGCAGCCAUUUACGACGAUAAGCAGAUUAACCCGAUACGAAGACAGAUCGGAAUUUAUGCGCGAACUUCCGAUGGUCACGAUGCCGACGCACUUAUGCUCAGAAACACAUUACUUCGAGUUCAGCAGAAUUGGUCAAAGCUUGCUGAAAAUGACCAAAUCGAGUCUGCUCCUUCAUGUCCCAUCCACUUUAAUCAUGAUGAGCGAGAAAAGCACUACGAGGAUGCACGAAGGCUCAAUGGAUUUCGUGACAUUCUUGAAGCUAGCGACAUAUCUGCCACAUUUCCUCUGGAGGGAUGGGUACCGGUUGACUUAUUUAAUGGAUGUAAGAACAGUCUUAGGAAGGUGAUCAGGGAGGUCAUGGAGUCCCUGGAAAAUCAGAGAGAACGUGAAGAGUUUCAGGUCAAAGACAAAGACCCUGGUUCCCUUUCCCGGAUUGAAGAAGAAAUGUCGUCAACAUCCAAACCAUGGGCGUUAAUCGUCGGGGCGGGCCCGUCAGGUCUCCUUCUAGGCCUGAUGCUCGCAAAGAAAGGCAUCCCCGUCCACCUCAUCGACAUGUCCGUCAAACUGGACGAACAACCGCGCGCAACGCACUACGGGUCCCCGGCGAUGUACGAGCUGCGCCGGGCCGGGAUCGUCGACGACCUGCGCGCCCAGGGGUUCAUGCCGGACGGGGUCUGCUGGCGGAAACUCGACGGCACGUACCUGGCGGGUAUGAAGAUGGGGGUCGAGGACGACCCGGACCGCAUGGUCUGUCUGCCGCUGAACCGGCUGGGGAAGAUCCUCAUGGACCACAUCGGUCGGCAGCCCACGGCGACGGUGUCGUGGGGCCAUAAAGUCGUGUCAGUCGGGCAGGACGAUCAGCGGGCCUGGGUCGUGUGCGAGACGCCCGAAGGCGAGAAGCGCCUCGAGGCCGAGUACAUCAUCGGGUGCGACGGGGCGAACAGUCAGGUGAGACGGUCCUUGUUCGGGGACAAAGAGUUCCCUGGCAAGACGUGGGACGAGCAGAUUGUCGCCACCAACAGGCCCAAGACAUACUACGACUUUGACAAGUUCGGCUGGCUCGACUCGAACUUCAUCAUCGACCCAGAACACUGGUACAUGGCUGCCAAAAUCGGCAAGGAUGGCCUCUACCGCGUCACGUACGGCGAGAAGCCGGGUCUCACCAACGACCAGCUCCGCGAGAGACAGCCGUGGAAGUUUGAGACCAUGCUGCCCGGGCAUCCGAAACCUGAUGAAUACCGGAUCGUCAACUUUAGCCCGUACCGCAUCCACCAGCGGCUUGCGCCGAGUAUGCGCGUCGGGCGAUUCUGUCUGGCUGCGGACGCUGCGCACUUAUGCAACCCCUUCGGUGGGAUGGGCCUGACUGGCGGCAUCGUCGACAUCGGCGGCCUGUACGACUGCCUCGCCGGUAUCUACGCGGGUCUCGCAGACGAGUCGAUCCUGGACAAAUACUCGGAGAUCCGGCGCCAAAAGUACAAUGAAGUUGUCAACCCCAUCUCGAGCGCCAACAUAGUACGCCUUUUCGGCCAGGAUCCCGACAAGGCGCUGGAGAACGACGAGUUUCUGAAAAUGUGUCAGCGCGCAGAGGCCGACGAGGAGUUUGCAAAGGUGUUCCGCAGCGGUGCGGAUGUACUGAAGCACGAUUUUACACAGUAUUAUCGCAAGGCGUCGACGAAUGGGGAUGUCGAGGGUGGUGGCGCGAAUGGACAUGUAGAUCUGGACAAGGACUUGGCCAGUUCAGUGAAAGUGGCGGCUGCAGGGGUGACGGAUUGA